ACUCCCCUGUGCUGGAAUGGAAGCUCCUCAUGACUGGGGAUUGUCAGGCGCUCAAGAAGCAAGAUAGCCUGUCUGCCACUGAACAAGCAGGGGCUGUCUUAAGCCCUAAAACGUGAUUCCUCACGUGAUCCCAUCCUGACUGUGGUGUCACGGUGGGGCUCACAGCUCACCCAGCCCUGGGCUCACAGCUCCCAGAGCAGCCGGGGACACGGCAGCAACAGCCCUGGUGUCCCAGCCAGAGUGGCCAGACAGGGGACCCGCGUACCUGUCCUAGUGGAGGAUGAAGGAGGGGGAAAGGAGCCCCCUGCUGUCCCAGGACGAUGUGGGCCAGGAGCCACCCCUCUCCAAGAGCAGCCAACUCACUCCGCGCCACCUGGGUCCAGCGCUCCAGGAGAGAUGGGCGUGGAGGCCAGGCCUUGGGGGAGGCCAGGCCCCCUCCCUCCCCUGGGGAAGCAGCUGCCUCAAGUGCCUGACCUUUCUGUCCAACUUCCUCUUCUCUCUGCUUGGCCUGCUGGCCCUGGCCAUCGGGCUCUGGGGCCUGGCCGUCAAGGGGUCUCUGGGGGAUAGUUGGGGGGGCCCCCUGCCCGCAGACCCCAUGCUGGGGCUGGUGCUGGGGGGGCUGGCAGUCAGUGCAGUGAGCCUGGCGGGCUGCCUGGGCGCCCUCUGUGAGAAUGCCUGCCUGCUGCGCUGCUUUUCCGGGGGCCUCCUGGCCUUUCUGGUGCUGGAGGCCUUGGCGGGGGCCCUGGUGGUGGCGUUCUGGGGUCCGUUGCAGGACGGCCUGGAGCACGCCCUGCGCGUGGCCAUCACCCACUACCAGGAUGACCCGGACCUGCGGUUCCUCAUGGACCAAGUGCAGCUCGGGCUGCAGUGCUGUGGGGCCGCCUCCUACCAGGACUGGCAGCGGAACCUGUACUUUAACUGCAGCUCCCCGGGGAUCCAGGCCUGCAGCCUCCCGGCCUCCUGCUGCAUCGACCCCCGGGAAGAUGGCGCCUCUAUCAACGACCAGUGCGGUUCCGGGGCCCUGGGCCUGGAUGAGGAUGCAGCUCAGAGAGUCGUGCACCUGGAGGGCUGCGGCACCCCACUCCGCGGGUGGCUGCGCAGGAACAUGCGGGCGGUGGGCGGCUGGGCGAUCGCGGUGGUGGUAGUCCAGGGGGCGGAGCUCCUGCUGGCCACGCGGCUGGUGAGGGCCCUAGCUGCCCGCAAGGGGGCAGCGGAGAGCUCCGGAGCGGGCGGAGCGGCGGCGCCUGUCCACACAAGCCGUGGCCCACGCGACCUGCCCGCCUCCAAGUCGGCCCCGGAAUGACCGGAAGAGGCUUCUGCCCCCAGACCACCAACUGGCACUGCCCCCUCACUUGCAAACCGCUGGGGUCUGAGUGCAGGCUGACCCGCCGGCCACUGCCUGGCAGUGUCUGCCUCCCACAGAGGGUGCCGGGCUGGAAGGAGGGCUGGAUGAAAAUCCUGCUGCAGAAGCCCCAACUGCAACCCCUGCCUGUGAGGCCCCACCGAAGGGCCCAGCCUAAAAGACCCACCUGUGAUGAUGCCCGCCUCCCACCUGGAUGACCGUGUGGGACACUGCCUCUGAGGUCAUCCUCAGACCCCACCUCCAACUGCCUCCCACCUCCUUCUCAACCACCGAACGACCGCCUCGCAGCCCACGCCUGAGACCCCUUGUCCUGACACCAGCCACCCGCCGUCCUCUGAGGCCACCUCCCCCUCUCCUGUCCACUGUGGUGGUUGGGGUUGAGGCCCAGGCCUCUUUCCAGAAGGCUUUUUGGGGGAGUAAAUUUUACUGAUGAAUCAUUUAUACAGUAAAUUGCACUGAUGUCACGUGGACAGCAUGCGGAAGUCUUACCUAGCUAAACGCCUGUGGACUGCCCACCCAGUCAAGAUCCUGCCGUAGCAGGCGCCCUCGCCCCUCCCUGCAGUCACCUCUGCUGCAGCUUCAUCCUCUUCCCUUAGGUUUGGUGAUGGCUCUGGGUGUUCAGUGAACACCUGAUGACAACUGCGCCUUU